AACAAUACAAUUAAUAAAAAAAUGCGUUUUCUGUUAGAUCACACAAGCUUUGAACGUUAGCAGAAACCAUGUUACCUACCACCAGUCUCUCGAUCGCUUACUAUAUAGAUAUUCCACAUUAAACGUUAAAGAAAUAAUUUCUGCAAGAUCAUCAAAAGCUGAUACACCAAGCUGGUUAUAAACUCUACUUUCUCAGUUUCAGACAUACAAAAACAACAGAAAUGGGAACAGAGAUGGUCAUGGUUCACGAGGUUCCUUUUCCUCCACAGAUCAUCACUUCCAAGCCCCUCUCUCUUCUUGGCCAAGGCAUCACUGACAUAGAGAUCCAUUUCCUUCAAGUGAAGUUCACGGCCAUAGGAGUUUACUUAGAUCCUUCAGAUGUUAAAACCCAUCUUGACAAAUGGAAAGGCAAGACCGGAAAGGAUCUUGCCGGCGAUGACGACUUCUUCGACGCCCUGGCCUCCGGGGAGAUUGAGAAAGUUAUAAGGGUGGUGGUUAUAAAGGAAAUAAAAGGAGCUCAGUACGGAGUGCAGCUAGAGAAUUCGGUGAGAGAUCGUUUGGCUGCUGAGGAUAAGUACGAGGAGGAAGAAGAAACCGAGCUCGAGAAAGUUGUGGGAUUUUUUCAGUCUAAGUACUUCAAAACUCAUUCCAUCAUCACUUACCGUUUCUCAGCCAAAGAUGGAAUUUGCGAGAUCGGAUUUGAGACGGAAGGUAAAGAAGAGGAGAAACUGAAGGUAGAGAAUGCGAAUGUGGUCGGUAUGAUGCAGAAGUGGUACUUGUCUGGAAGUCGAGGAGUUUCACCGUCCACCAUCGUCUCCCUCGCCGAUUCUCUGUCGGCAGUUUUAACCUAAAACUCCUUAUAUAGCCAUCUAUCAUCUAUGGUGUGUUUUAUGUUGUUGUAUUAUGUCGUUCUUAAGUGAGACAUCGUGUUUGGUUAUCUUUAUAAAAUCUUUAAUGGUUGUCUUUAUAAAAUUCACAGAGCAACUUCGUUAACUAAAAUAUGAUCAGAUAC